UACUGCCAACCUGAAGACAUGACAACCCUGCCCGAAACGUCAAGGGCCCUUCUUUUGGAUUGUUCUUCCACAUUGAACGAUCUGCCGCGUGUUGUGCUCCGAUAAAAUAAGCAAAAAUGGCCGUGCGACCAGCGUAUAAGCCGAAGAUUGUGAAGAAGCGGACGAAGAAGUUCAUCCGCCACCAGUCGGAUCGCUAUGAUAAACUCGCUCCCAACUGGCGCCGGCCGAAAGGUAUUGACAAUCGGGUGCGCCGUCGCUUCAAGGGACAGUACCUGAUGCCGAACAUCGGUUACGGUUCGAAGAAGUCCACCCGCCAUAUGCUGCCGACCGGAUUCAAGAAGUUCCUGGUCCACAACGUCCGCGAGCUGGAGGUGCUGAUGAUGCAGAACCGUGUGUACUGUGCCGAGAUUGCGCACGCCGUGUCGUCCAAGAAGCGUAAGGCUAUCGUCGAGCGUGCCAAGCAGCUCGCCAUUGCCGUGACGAACCCGAACGCCCGGCUGCGCGCCCAGGAGAUGGAGUAAGCCCUGGUGCAAGAGAGGUUGGGGCUGGAGGUGUCCCUCCCUUGCUGGAGGUGCAUCUUCUCUUCUUCUGUACACUUGGGCCGUCUGUCUGCGGAGUGGAGCUAUACCGUGUUUUGGUGUUGGCGGAUCUUUAAUUAUACUUUCUAUGGAAGAAAGGAUCCGUUUUGAGGAGUAAUAAUAAGAGAUAUUACGCUUAAAACGGCAAA